GUCUACUUAACGAUCAAACUGAAAGCUGGGAACUUCUCCUUUCCUACACUACAAGAAUGCGUGCUUACGAAAUAUCUGUGACAGUGCAUUCGCCGUGUUAAGUUGGAGUGAUGUCCCAGGGGUUUAGCUUUUGGCAUUAGCCAUGGCUAACUGGACGUUCUGGAUUCUAGCGGUAGUGGUCAGUGUGUUGACCAGCCGUGUGUCCAGUUUAGCCAACUGUUCGCUCAUGCCGCUGAACAACAAGACAUUCGUGGACUCCAUAUAUGCCUACUUCAGUGCAGAUAGUCAGGUCAAGGUCUUGGAGUACACUCUGACCUUCAGUAAUGUCAGCACGACUUUCAACUUGGAAGGACAGUCGAGCAGACUGGCAUUUCAUCCAUCAAAAUGGUACAGAACUCAGGGACUGGGCAGCUCUCAGCUCUUGCUUAUCAAUCAGUUCUACUAUGGGCUCCUGAAACCCUUGUUGUCCGCCAGCGUUGACCAAGUGAACGUUAACCUUCAGGUCAGCCCACUUACCUGUUUGGACAAUGUGACAGGUGACCAGCUUCAGCAGCUUAUCAAUGACUAUUUACUGCAAGAUUUCUAUGUUAAUGAAAAAACCGUCAAGAAUCCGUUCACAUACUCCGAUGAUGUUGAGAUAUGUACAGCCAAUAUAGCUGACAAUGAUGGAUGGGGCAAACUUGUUUACAGAUGCUGUGGUUUCAAUUCGGACAAAGUUCAACUCUGUUCCACUGUCCAGGAAGAAGAUUGGGUUUGGGCUCUGCAGGCGGUCAUCAUAACACUGACCAUUAUACUCUUCUUUUAUUUUCCAAGCCUGAUUCCUAGUGGCUAUAGAAUUUACUCCUAUACCUACACGCCAAAAGACGAGUUGACCUUCAGAUUCAUCAAAACUAAAACCCCACAGCGAUACCAAAAGCGUGGAGACAAAACCAUCCCUAAAGAGAGGCAGCCGAUAGUCCUCGGCUUAAAUCAGCUGGCCAAGAUGCCGACAUUGUAUCAGCAGGUGACACGUCAGCAUGGCUACGCUGAGGACGUGAGGUACACGGCUCACAUUAAGAGGGUCAGCUUCAACGUCAGCAUGGACAGAUUGAUCAUUGAAGGAGGGACAGCGGUCAGUGCCUUCAGGUCUCUGUUUGACUCCUUCAUCAUGUGCAAGAUUCGUCGCAGUGAUCCCCUAAAAGACUGCUGUUAUACCCCUGCCUGUGGGGUUCACUGCUGUAAGAGUUGCCCGCCCUGGAAGUCCUGGCUGAGAGCAGUUAGAACCAUUGUGGUCAUGCUAGUCCUUGCAGGCCCUGCCAUCCCUUUUUUCUACGCCAUAUCCUCGGACGGUCUUCUCUUCCAGGAGCUGGACAAGACGUACGAGACGUUGGGGCUCGCAAGGACGUUUAACUUCUACGUCGGGCCCAUCUUCGGCAAAGUCAUCGUUGGCAUUCUCGGAUUGAUGUACCUCAUACACAUAACCAUUGUGGUGGUAGACGGCGCCACCGACCGCAACAUCAGCCAGCUUUACAUGGAGAUCCUGAACCUCGCGGAGAAGAAAGACAAAAUCUCAAGCAGGAUCGAGACAUCUCAGAGUCUCAUUUCCAAAGCAUGCGGACCCAUACGCAAAUGUGGAGUUCUGAUAAUCCCUUUUUAUAUCUUAGCCGUUGUGCUCGUGCCUUUGGUGGCCCUCAUUCUCUUAUUGGUUCACGCCCCAAUGAUACAGAUCGUAAAACAGGGGGUCCAGAAGAUCCUUCAGAGAUUGAACUGGUUGUCGCGCCGUAAAGAAGACGUCUUCACCUUCUACAACGCCUGCGAACUUUUCUGGUUUUUCUUCUCCGCCAUCGGCGUUUCUAUUGUGCUGACUAUCGGGGCGAAUUUUUUGGUGAAUGUUUUAGUGGUUGCUAUCGUGACCGUUAUUGUGCAAGCUGACCUGCUGUACCGUGUACUUCCGGUGGUGCUUAUUCUAGUUAUAUACGUGAGAGACGCCUACGGGAAAGUGGGUGUCAGCUACGAUAUUUUUUUUGGCAAGGUCAUUGGUACACUGAGGUCAAAGGUUCACAAAAACCUGAGUGACCAAGCUUUGAAAACUAUUGCAAAACAAAAAAGUAAAAUAUAUAAAGUGGACUAUCAGAAAACGGAAGCUGAACUUGACGACGUACAUGAAGAUAAAAAUGUAACAGUGAAAUCAAAGGGCAGAACAACCAUUUUAAAUAUCGCAUUGAGGAGAACGGAUGUGCCUCAAAGAAGCAACAUCUUCCUCGUGAAGAACUCCAGCCCUCGACUCCGCCUCCGGCAGCUUCUGCUCUUCUUUAGCCAGGACGACCUCCUGUACCUCAGCAAGAAGUUUUUCUACGACUGCUGCACGAUGUGCUGUGCUGGUGCUCCCGGCGCUUUGGAGGAAAAUUAUAUUAAUGCCACUCUUCAAUUUGCGAAAAUAGGAAUCUUCCUUUUGUUUGUGUUCCUGGUUGUCAUGGCGUACGGCAGCAGCUACUACAUCUCCCCCACCAACCAUCUCUUUGUGACUUUGGUCUCAGGCCUGGUGCCACUUAUUAUCAGAAACGUAUUCAGCGGGACGUCGUCUGGAGUACAGGAAAGUUUGUCUAACUACAGGUUCGAAGCUCAGCUGAAUGAGAAAAUUAAAGAUUUUAGCCAGUCAUGGGAUAUUGAGGAUAUACAGUUGAAGGACAGGAUGCAGUUCAGGGAUAAAAGACGCGAUAUAUCUGGGGUCCAAGACAUUCCGUCAGUUGACCUUAUACUGGACAUGAGCCAUAUUCCAAGAAGCUUUGAUGACAUUAAGAGGCUCAACAGCGUGUCCCCUUCAGUCACAGAGUCCGGAAACGCCUAUGAUACAAACGAUUCUGAAACUCCAGUGAUUGAGGAGGAUGAAGAGGGUGCGAGAGAGGACAGAGGAAGAAACGGGAGAAGGAAUCCUGCCAGAGGGGGCUAUACACAUGAGGGCCACGCCGCUGGGGUGGCAAGGGCGGAGGCUGCUCACAGAGGUAAUGUGCUGGCGGACAUUGACGCCCAUCUGGUGACGAACGCUGUUCUGCGGAAUCUUGGAUUAAUACCUGAGAGCGAGGAUGCUACUAGAGAUCGAGGAAACAGCAAAGAUGAGACUCCGGGCACCCACACCGAUGGAGAGACGAGGGACGCAGCCCCAGGACAUACUUUAUCGGGCGAUGAAAAGGCUUUUAUAAGCACCACUGAAGGAUAAUCAAAUAAUUAUUUCACACAUUUUAGAACUACAGAAUCACAAUUCUGAAUUUCUCCACUUGGAGUAUAAAAUAAUGAUUUACAGAAGUAAUCUCUCUUCUUAUAGCGUUCAUUGACAUUGAUAAUGUCCGAAUUUUCAUUUUCUUUCAUUAUUCUUUAAAUUCCCACUUGUUUCCUCAACAUUUCUCUAUUUUGCUUCUCUUUUUUUUUCUUUGUACUUGUUUGUAAAUGCUUUACUUAUUUCGGAUGUUCCUUCAGAGUUGAAGAUAAUUACUUCCUAGUCCAAAUCUCCCGUAGGACGACGGGGGAUGGGAGCGGGCAGGGUUUGAACCCUGGACCAUCGAUAAUUCUGAACGACAGUCCAGCGUGCAAACCGCUCGACCAGGCAUCCACCCAUCUUUAUUGCUUCAAGAACGUAAACCGCAGUUUAAAAUUAAAAUGUAAUCCAAAGAGGAGAUUAAAGCGAUUAGCUGUUGACUAGAGAUCUCCUAUACAUUUGUUGUACUCUAUAUCCUGAGAUUAUAUUGUUAACUUAUCAAGCUCUUCUUGUCGGUGUACAUGUAUAAAGUAUUGUAUUGUUUUAUAAUGUGAACAUAUUAAAUGUGUAAAUGUAUUUUUUUCAUAUUAUAUUUUUGUUAAUUGCUCUAAUAUUGCUGAAAAAAGGCAUAUUUUGUCAACUCUUCCAUUUUCAGAUUUUUAGUUUGUUCUAGAUAUUACUUAUAUAUAUAUAUAUGUGUGUGUUUUGCAAAAUAAGUAGGUCACAGCUGGGACUGCGUAGCCACGAGAAAUACUGCAUUCCUCAUUAAUCUUCGGACUCGAAGACACGCCGUAUUAUCAUUAUAUAUAUUUAUUAAUUAUAUGUACCUAUUAGGAUGAUUAUAUGUUUGAUGCCAAUGAUGUGAUUUAUGAUUUGAAUUUAUAAUAAAAAUUCCCCUAUCAGCACAACAACCAGCCGCCGAUAUUUUCCCCCAACUAAUAUGAAGUAUCCUGUGGACUCAGGGGUGCCCUAAAAAUCUCGAAAUUAAAAAUCCAUGUCUUCACCAGGAUUUGAAUCAAGGACCCCUCAACUCAGAAGCAAAGUGCCUUACCACUCAGCCACCGCGCCUCCUGUAUUUAUAAUGGCACUAACACAAUCGCUUGUUGUGGAAAGAUAAAACGCUUAAAACAAACUGAAGAAACUUCUGCCUUCUUUUUGUUUUCUUUCAUGAGCGCCUUUAAACACAUACAUUCAUUCAAUUCAUUAAUUCACAAUGUCGUAUAUCGAACAAGGGAAAGAAAUUAUGCUUGACUGAUAAGGUGGUAUAAGUUGAAUAAGUUCCCUUUAGUGUUUGUAGAACGAAAUAUUUAUGAAUAACUAUAAACCCUGUUUUCAUACUCAGCUCCAUGACACAAUUCCAUUAAAUAAGAACAAUCUGGUAUAAACUUUGUCAUAUGUAAAUUAUGAGUGAGUCUGGUGUGAUUGUACAUUUUAGUUUCUUAUAGUUAAAAUAUUUUUUGUUUGGUGAAAUGCACAAAUUGUAAGACAAAUUUCCAUACGGACAAUAAAGAUUAUUAUUAUUAUUAUGUUAGAAAUGAACGAGUAGUCAUUCUCUGGCGCUGCCAGGGUCGAGUUUCGCUAAAGAGAAACAAAAUUCAUCGUAGUCCCUUCCACUGAGGAAUUUUCUGGUGAUGUGGCAGGUCUGCAGCAGUACCGCCCUCUGACAGGCAACGAAGAUGUUCCUAGGAAUGUUAAGGGCCUUGAAGGUGUCUGUGAGGUCAGUUGUUAUUAUCCCCUCGGUUGAUAUAACAAUGGGGUAUAUUGUUAUUUUGGUUAUUAUUAUUAUUAUGUUAGAAAUGAACGAGUAGUCAUUCUCUGGC